AUGGAAGUGUGUGUCUGCUUCGGUCAAGUCAACUGGCAUGAGCACGCCACAGCUUACGGCAAUUCCCCAACGCCCUCCCUCUGUAACUCUGCUGUUCCACCGCCCCCUCUCUCUACGAUUUCCCGAUCCACGAGGGGACCCCUGCUGUCCUCCGGCUACGAGGUGCAGGCCUUUCUCGGGGAGGGCAGCUUUGGUAAGGUGGCCAUGUGUAUGGACAAUGUAACCAACACAAAGAAGGCCGUUAAAAUAUCCAAGGAUGGACCCCUUCUCUUUGAGCGAGCACUGGAAGAGAUUAAAAUUCUCCAGAAGCUGCAGACUCUCGAUGCAGAUAAAUGCAGUCUGGUGAAAUGGUAUGGCUCGUUCUACCAUGAAAAGUUAAUUUGUUUGGAGUUUGAGCUCCUGGACCUGAGUCUCUAUGAGUACAUGCUGCAGAGAAAACACAACGCUCUGCCCAUAGCUGAGAUCCGUCCAGUUUUACGUCAAGCCCUGGAAAUAAUCCACGCUGAUAUAAAGCCUGAGAAUAUUAUGGUGGUGAACCGCUGGCAGCAUCCGCUUCAGGUCAAACUCAUUGACUUCGGCCUGGCUCGCCACGUGUCCGAGGGCCGUUCCAUGGACCGCUGUUCAGAGGCACCAGAGGUCCUCCUGGGCAUGGACUUCAGUGAACAGAUUGACAUGUGGUCUCUCGGUGCUGUGGCUGCGGAAAUAGCAGCAGGCUUUGGACUGUUCCCCAUGGACCACGAAUAUGACGCGCUUAAACUCAUUGUGGACUUGGUGAUACCUUACAGACACAUGGCCAAGAGAGAGGAGUUGCUGAACUUUGUGGACCUCUUGAAAAAGAUGCUGGUGCCGGACAAGUGCGGACGGAUUAUUCCCCUCACAGUCCUGGAGCAUCCGUUCUUCGCUGUGGAGCAGGACCCUGAAGUCAGCCAAAGCAUUUGA